AUGGAGCGUCUCGAGAAGUUGACGGAUGAAGCCAUUCAGGAGAUUCAGAAUAAGUACUCUCGCCUCAGACACAGACAAGACGGUCUUGACGGCAGGAUGAUUACGACGCAAGACAAGCAACAGGACUGUAUCUCAGAACAGCAGCGGGUACAGCUGGAGGGAUCUCUGGUCAUGAACAGGUCAGAGGUAGAGCUACUGGAGGAGGCCAUAGCGACAAAAUGUCGUCAGCUGGACAUCCUGGAGCGACACGUGGAGACAGAGAGUUAUGGCUAUGAAGUCUUUGUCAAGAUGUUUGAGGAGAGAGCCAACGAUGCCAGACCUUUUCUUGAAAAGGAAAGGCUGUCCAAACAGAGGGACGAUGCUGUGAUUGAGAGGUUAUCUAAGGCUGUCAGAAUUUUACAAAGAGAUGUUGCUAAUGCUGAGGAAAUCAGCAAGAGCUGUGGUAGAUACAGGAACCUUCUACUCAGACUUUUGCCUCCAGAGUGGCAGGACACACUGAAAGCAGAGAAUCAAGUCUCAUCUGACAGAAAUGAUGAGGACGCAGGGCCAUCUGGCAGAGAGGAUCAGGACGAACAGCAGUCUGACACAGAUUCUCAGGAUGAAGAGCUGUCAGACAUCAUUGAUCAGAGCGAACAGUCGUCUACCCGAGAUUCACAGGACGAAGAGCCUCCUGACGUAAUUGAUCAGAGCGAACAGCCGUCUGUCAGAGAAGAUCAGGAGGAACAGCCGUCUGUCAGAGAAGAUCGGGAGGAACAGCCGUCUGUCAGAGAAGAUCAGGAGGAACAGCCAUCUGACAUCAUUGAUCAGAGCGAACAGCUGUCAGACAUAGCUGAUCAGAGGGAAAUGCCGUCUGAAACACGUGAUCAGGAUGAUCAGCCAUGUGACAAUGACGAUCAGAGUGAAAAGCCGUCUGGCAUGGAUGAUUCUAGUGAACAAGUGACUUUGACCGAGGGGCCCAUGCUGGCCUCACCCCACAGCGACACACUGCUUAAAGAUUCUGAACUGGACAGUGAUGGCACAGAAUAUGAGAAAAAAUACUUCUUUGACUCCCAGCAGCUACUAGAACUGAUGAAGGAAGUGAAUGAUCAGAAUCUGUCCCUGAUAGAGAUGCGCAGGUUAUAUGAAGAGGAAGAGGAAGAGGAAGAGGAGCUCCAUCAGGACCCUGGAAUCCCUGCUUUGAACACAAUGAACAAGGUUGAAAAGAAGUUGGUGGUUCAGGAAUUCAGGGACAGAGUUGAAAGCUUCAAAAUGACAUCUGAGCUAGAUGAUCCAAAAGAAGCAAUGACGCUACAAGAACUGGAUGCUGUGCUUGAUCCCCUGGGCUUGAAGGUAACAGAUGUACAUUACUUCUGCACAAGACGCCAGGUGGGCACCCUCAGCACCCUUGACAAGCUGUUAGUGAUCAAGGAUCGAGUGUCGCUACUGCUUCAGAACAUAGAGAAAAGGCGCAGGCAAAAUCUGCAGCACAACAAAGAGAAGGGUCACAUGAAAAGGUCGCUGAGUGGUCCACCGCAAAAAAUGGAAAGAAAGCCGAUGCCCAGAUACAAUCGUGUUGAACCAAAAGUUGAACCAGAGAAAGAAGACAACUCCUGUGGCAAAGAAGAAGUUUGAAUGGAACCUACAGAGUGUAAAAUACUUUAAAUAAAUACAUAUAUAUACUUUUAAACUAAUAAUUAUCUACAACAAACCUAUAUUAUAUAAAACGCUCACGGCUCGUUUCUUUUUUUGUAUUAGUAAGAAAUUGGAUUUAUGAUAACCAUCAUAAGGUGUAAAACAAGCUAACAAUGCCAUCACAAAACAACUUUAGGAGUUCCCUAUAGUUUUUUGUAGACCAGUUGAAGCAAAGGAGAUCAUCACAAAUAUAGAGAGGGAGCUUGCAGCAAAAAGCUGGAUGACCAGUUCCAGUCUUACACCAAAAACGUGCUGCAGCUGGCAUUAGAAUUAGCAUAAAGAUGUUCCAGUCCCACUCAACUAGAAAGAGAAGGGUUUAGUAG